AUGGUUAGUUCGCCUUCGGCUGAGACGACCUUUGCAAGGCGCGUGGGUAUCUUUGCGCACAAUGCAUCUCGUCGUUACCGUUGGGUAAACACGCUGCCGUCUGUCUUCAUCCGCCGUGCUACAGCAUUGCCGUCACUGUUGCAUGCGUCGGAGUGUCUCGCUCCUGCCGCACUCCUCUCCGACGCCCCUCCUCUCACUAGUGGGGCGGUGGUGCACAACGCUGCCACCCCGGUGCGUGCGGUAUUAGGGCUUGAGACUCAUGCGACAUGCUUCCGCUGGAGACGGCAGCCACAGUGGCAGGUUUCGAUAUCGAAGACGUCUGGCGGUGUACCGCUCUGCUAUCAGAGCCGAGGUCUGACAACGACAGGAAUCAGGGAGCCGGGCUGUCAAGAACCGGCGACCGCCGUUGUCUCUCGGCCGUUGCUAAAACCGACACAACAAGAACAGCAUCAGCAACGAAAAAAGGAUGGGCCGCGGCUGAUAUGCCAGGCCCGAUGGUCGGAACGCCGUAAGGGUGGUGUAACAGCCGACGGCGAGAAAACGAAGAAGUGCGCCGAGGCUACCGGUUUAGUCACCACCUCAGGCGAAAAAGCCCUCCGGCCGCUGGGUGCCCACCGGCCCACUGAGACGAAGAAGAAUUUUUCGCUGCAACAGCAACAGCAGCAACAACAACCACAACAGCCACCAAUUGAGCAAAAUGUUUACAACAACUUUGCCAAGGUGGGGAUGGAAACAGCGACGCCUCCCCCACCAUUCCCGCACACGGUGAGUGCCGUUGAGAAAGGAGGCAAGGAUGACGGGCUGGUGUACAAUGUCUUUACACACCGCGUGACGAAGUGCUCCGCUGCGAGUGUGCGCGCCCUGGCCACGCUUGGCAUUGGCGUGCGCGACAACGCGCAGGAGCUCGAUGUGGUGAAUCCUGCCGCUCUCAUGGAGUUGCGCGAGAAACUUAUUCGUCGAGAAGUAAGCUGGCCGAAGUCGUGGCGGAACGCUCUCUUCCAGCAACUCCAGUACAUCCUCCUGCGAGCGCCAAGCCAAGAGGAGGCGGUGACUGAUGCCCGUAGCUUGCUGGAAACACAAUACCAACGCGCUAAGAACAGGCGCGGUGUGGGGGUUGUGGCGCCUGGUAACGAUGCCGAUACCACAGAUGGUGUGGCCCUAUCUGACAGCGACAGCUUCAGUAGCGGGGUAUCGUUCAAGGAACGGUUGCUAACGUAUCGGGACUUGAAUGAAGAACAGCAGCGUGUAGUGGAUUUUGUUCUCAAUGGCUACAAUACGUACAUAGGCGGUGGGGCUGGUACUGGGAAGUCGCUCUUGCUCCGGGUGAUUAAGCAAGAGUUGGUGAGUCGAGGCCUCACUGUUGCCGUGACGGCUACAACGGGUAUUGCAGCGGCACGCAUUGAUGGUGUAACGCUUCAUCAUUGCUUUGGGGUGAACAUCUACGGUGAGACCACGCGACGGGCGGAGUUGAAAGCAUUUGAUGUAAUCAUCAUCGACGAGGUUUCAAUGCUUUCAAAGGAGAUCUUUGAAACUCUCGAGUAUCAGUUGCGUCGGGCAAACGGUGUGGAUUUACCUUUUGGUGGUGUGCAGAUGAUACUGACGGGUGACUUUCUCCAACUCGGGGCGAUUGCUUCGAUGCCGAUUGUGCACUCGGCCGUCUUCCGACGUCAUUUUGCGAUGCUCAAACUGCAGAAGGUUGUACGUCAAUUGGGGAACGAUACUUUCGUGCAGCAGCUCCAGGAACUACGGCGUGGUACGGUCCCGCACGAUCUGCACGAUACCAUCACCUUCCUGUCGCCCAGCGACGGCGCCAAGGCUGUUGAUAACGAGGAGAAAGGUGCGGUCAGGCUUCUCCCCACCAACAAGGAGGUUAACGCGGUCAACCAGGCCGAGUUGGAUAGGCUGUCUGGUGAACCCGUCACAUUCCCGGCACGACUGCAGCCCCCUGCCCUGUUGGGUCGCUGGACGGCAACACACAUGCUGGAGAUUCACCCUGGCGACCCGACAUCAGUGGACGCCAAACAGUUAGCGGCAGCUCUGGAAAAGUAUGUGCUGGAAUUCGUAAAUAAUGUGCCUCAUGCCUCACGCCUCACACUUUCGCUUUUGGGUCAGCGGUACAUUGUCCUUUAUAAGCUAUUUGUGGACGCCUUUGCGUUUCGCGUGCGCAUCCCACCUGAGAUGGACGAGAAGGACGAACAGGGCCUUGCGUGCCAUCUGCGCAGCUUGGAGUCAUGGCUGCCGGCGCAGGGGCUGGGUGUGCGUCUGAGGGAAAUCGUAGUGUUGCCGGACGGUCUGCACAUGGACGUGGACGAGUACAUUUUGACACGCUACGCGAACAACUCCCCCAUGUCGUCGCCGCUGCAGCUGAAGAAGGGUGCCAAGGUGAUGCUGCGCGUCAACCUCGCCCCAGGUCUCGUGAACGGUAGUCUUGGUGUUGUGGUUGGGUUUAAGGAGCUCCGUGCGGGGCAGCUACCGAGAUAUCUCACCACACCCGCACGCCUCGAGGCGGUCGAAAGUUACAUUGAGUGUAUGCAGUACGAGCACGGCUUCGCCACUGCUAUUGUACCAGAGGUUGACUUUGGAGGAGGCAGGGUGAUUGUCGUGCCACCAACGUUGUUUUCUGUGGGUGGAUUGUCAAACACCAAUCACUACCAUAUGGGAAUCGUAGCGCUGCCGCUGACCCUGGCGUACGCAUUUACGGUGCACAAGGUGCAGGGGCUGACGCUGGUGGGGCGUGUGCACCUCGAGCUCUCCCGCAUGUGGCCCUGCGAGCACCUGCUGUACGUCGCCAUGAGCCGCGUGCGGAACCCGGAGCAGCUGACAGUCUCAUCCUUUCAGAAUGACUUGGUUCGGUGCGCAUCGGAGUGCCUCGUCUUUGACGACUCCUUGCCGCCUGUUGAGCGAGUGCGGGUUCUGCCGCACUUUUUCCAGGCUACAUGGCAUCGUGUACCAAGCAGGCGCAAGGCGGCUCUCCGACGGAAAUUGAAGGACAAGGAGCUGCAGCAAAAGCAUGAUGAAAAGAAUAGCGAUGGGCAAAAGAGGACAUUGAGAAAGCGUGUAAAGACUGUAAGCAUGAGUCGUUGA